AAAUGAUCCCGCAUCUCAACAGUUUCUCAGUGCAAAGUUGAGGACGACCACAAAUUACUCAUCGUUCAUCACAGAUCAGCAACACGUCAAAGCAUCCAUCAAAACUACUACAAACGUUUCACAAUCGGCAAAGAUACUACCAGAUACUAUUUGUUCUGCCCAACGAAGAUGUCCUCGCCCAGCUCCCUAUCCGACACUUACGUUGACCUGUCAGGAACUGCCCGCACGAUCCUCACCACCUUAUGUAAUUCUCGCGACUUCUCACAACUGAACCGCUACAUCUCUGCGGAUGUGAUGUCACAACACGAAGACGAGCCUCCAAGUUUUUCAAGGGACGCAUUUACGCAAGACUGGGCUGCUGCGUUGCACCGCAUGCCUGGGGUUCAACUGAAUAUCAAAGAGGCCUGUGUGGAUGAACUGCAGCACAAAGUGUGGGUGCGUAGCGAGAUUAGCGGCCUGCCGGGUGGUAUGAGGAAGGAGUCGAUUGAUAUGAUGACUUUCAAUGAGGAAGGGCUUUUGGUGAAAAGUGUCGAUUGCCAGAGAGUGCUGAGCAGAAGGGCAGGUGAAGACUGUGCGUUGAUUCGGCCUUGAUGUUAGAGAACAUCGAUUUAGGAAAGAAGGGAAAUACGGAAAUCACAGAAUGUGCCUACAGUCAGCAAUGACGGUGCCUAAAGCGACAUGAGACGACUUGCGACCGCAGCGAAUUUCUGCCCCAGGAUGGGAGCACGGAUCUACCUGCCACUAUGUUCGGUCAAGGUUUUCACCACGCAUCUAGCUAGUCGAUGCAGCAUUCGGACGACUUUCCAACAACUAUAUUGAUUUUGGGAUGCUUUUGGAUUCAUAUCCUGUUCAGGCCUGAUUGUCGAAGGCUAAAAGAGACCCUGAAGCCCGAAACUGGAGCUUCAGGCGACGCAUCCAUAUCAGAAGCAACAAGUACGCCAUCAGAGGUCCGCCCAACAAUGCUCAUACAAUUCAGUAUGCUGAGGGGAUUGGUCAGAACGGCAGGCGUCAAACUAACUCAACAUGAAUGUGGUCGGAGUAUGGCUAAGCUCGUGGGACUACAACAUUUCUAUCCUUGAGCCAGGCUUCGUUGUCGUCAAUGAUUGGGAGAAAUGGGCUCUUGGAAAGAAUGCAUGUUGUUCAAGUUUCGGUGGCCUGGUGUCACCUCUUAAUAUACUUGCCUUAGUUGGAACAGCAGGACCUUCUGUCGUCUUUCCUGCCUUGCCUUUUUUUUGCGUGCAAUCAUCGUGUCGCACUCACCAGGUCAAAUACUGCAAUGUCC